GCACGGCCUCUUCCCGGCCGGGCCUUCCCUGAGGAGGAGGCGGCGGAGCCCCGGGACGGGCCCGGGAUAAAAACCGGGAAAAAACCGGGAAAAACGGGAAAAACGGGAUAAAAUCGGGAGCGCCGGGAGCAGCGCCGCCCCCGCGCCGCCGCAGCCAUGGUGUUCUACUUCACCUCCAACGCCGCGGCCGCCGUCUACACCAUCUACAUGGGCAAGGACAAGUACGAGAACGAGGACCUGAUCAAGUACGGCUGGCCCGAGGACGUCUGGUUCCACGUGGACAAGCUCUCCUCAGCCCACGUCUACCUGCGGCUGCACCAGGGCCAGACCAUGGACGACAUCCCCAAGGAGGUGCUGAGCGACUGCGCCCACCUGGUCAAGGCCAACAGCAUCCAAGGCUGCAAGCUGAGCUCAGUGACCAUGAUUUAUCCCAUUU